GAGCGCGCGGACGCCCGCAGGUGGGGCGGGGCGCUGGGCUGGGACUAGGGGGACCUGGGCUCUGCCCGCCCGGCUGUGGGCACGAGGCAGCGGGUGUCAGAGAUGUCCUCCGUGGGCGGGAUGCGGACUCGGGCCGGAAGCCAGACAUCCCCAUCCCGUACCUGUACUUCGACAUGGGGGCGGCGGUGCUGUGCGCCAGCUUCAUGUCCUUUGGGGUGAAGCGCAGGUGGUUUGCGCUGGGAGCCGCUCUGCAGCUGGCCAUCAGCACGUAUGCGGCCUACAUCGGGGGCUACGUGCACUACGGAGACUGGCUGAAGGUGAGGAUGUAUUCACGCACAAUAGCUAUCAUUGGUGGGUUCCUGGUCCUGGCGAGUGGUGCAGGUGAGGUGUAUCGCCAGAAGCCCCGGAGCAGGUCCCUACAGUCCACUGGGCAGGUCUUCCUGGGCAUCUACCUCAUUUGCGUGGCCUAUUCCCUCCAGCACAGCAAAGAGGACCGUCUGGCUUAUCUGAACCACAUCCUCGGGGGGGAAAUCACGCUGCAGCUGCUCUUCAUCCUGUACGGGGUGCUGGCCCUGUCCUUCCUGUCUGGCUAUUACAUUAGGACGGCCGCUCAGAUCCUCUCCGUGAUCCUGCCCUUGGUCAUCCUGCUUAUUGAUGGGAACCUCGGCUACUGGCAUGACUCGCGCCGUGUUGAGUUCUGGAACCAGAUGAAACUCAUCGGGCAGAAUGUCGGGAUUUUCGGGGCUGUUGUCAUCUUGGCCACAGACGGUUGAGCUGGGACAUGUUGGGAUGGACAGAGGACUGCAAUCGAGGAUGGAGUUUACAGAAGGGGAAGGGAAUUUUUUAAAGCAUCACUGUUAUUUAUUCAUUUGUUUACUUUAUAAAGUCCUGUUUUAUUUUCCUGCUGA